UCGUCGUCGUCACCGUACCGUCGUGGGAGAGUAGCCGCCGCCGCGGCCACCACCGCGGGUUCACGCGCAGCAUCAACCGCGUGGUGGCCGACUACAUCGGCGGCGUCUCUCUCCAAUAGCUCGUCGCGUACCGUGGACGUCGGACGCUCGUCGAUCUCGUCCCGUAACACGUCGGUCGUGCGGAAAACACGCGCGCCGAACGCACGUUUAGUUCUUUGCGACGACCGUACCGUCCGACCGGUUCCGUUCGUGUUUGUUUUGUUCGGCCUACUCGUCUACGCGCCAGCUCGGGAGUGUCACUCCUACGCCGCCACUGUCAUCGUCAUCUCUUGGUAACAUUUUAUCGUCGUCCUCGGCCGUCAGAAACAUGUUUUUAUUUUUUGCGAUGAUUUUGAUUGAGAAUGAUGUACGAAAAUGAACUUCAUUUUACAUGGAUUAUUCUCAAUUAAGCCAUUUCUUCCUAAGCUCAAAUUUAUUAAAUUGAAGUUGUGAUGACCGUUAUGGCAGUAUCGAUUUAUGAAAUACGUGAAAGUAUUAACAUGGCUCGUGAGAUGGCACUUACUGGCAAUUACGAUUCGUCAGUAGUUUAUUAUGAAGGAGCUAAAUUACAAUUGGGAAGGUUCUUGUCUACUGUGGAUAAUCAAACACGUCGAGAAUCUUGGCGAACUAUUCAACGACAGAUUAAUGAUGAAUAUGAACAAUUAAAAUUAUAUUCAAACACAUUAAAUAAAUUGAAACAAAAUAGAAGUAGUAAAUUUGAAAGAAAUGAAAGACCAUUGAGUGCAUCUAAUCCAUCAUUAAGUAGGAAUAAUAGAAAUGAAGAUAUAUCACCUGUUGAUGGGGUGUCAUGGUUUGGAACAACUCGUCAACAAGUCAAUGGUAGUGGUUCUCUUGAGUGGCCUCCUGCAAAUAAUAAUGAUCCAGAUGUUUGGCCUCCUCCAUCACCAGUUGAACAUAAACCUGGACCACAGGUCAGACCACAAAAAGCUUCUUCACGUGUUGUUAAUAGAAACCAAAAAGUUGGACCAAACAAUAACCGAAACAGUGCCUCUAGAUCUCAGUUAGCUAAGAAAAAUGAUGAAAUUAAAAAAGGUCAAAAAAAAGAUACUAAUGGUCAUCAUACAAAUGGAACGAGUGAUAAAAAUGAAAAAGAUAAGGAUGAAAAAGAAGUUUUGAAACCAGAUGAAAAGCGAUUUGAUUGUUCCUCAUAUGACCAAGACCUCGUUGAUAUGUUAGAGAGAGAUAUUGUACAAAAAAACCCAAAUAUAAGAUGGAGUGAUAUAGCUGAAUUAGAUGAAGCCAAACGUCUGUUAGAAGAAGCAGUAGUACUUCCUAUGUGGAUGCCUGAUUUUUUUAAGGGAAUUCGACGACCUUGGAAAGGAGUAUUAAUGGUUGGCCCUCCUGGAACAGGGAAAACAAUGCUUGCAAAAGCAGUGGCAACUGAGUGCAGAACUACAUUUUUUAAUGUAUCUUCAUCAACAUUAACUUCUAAGUAUAGAGGUGAAUCUGAAAAACUUGUCAGGCUCCUAUUUGAAAUGGCAAGGUUUCAUGCACCAUCAACAAUAUUCAUUGAUGAAAUAGAUUCACUUUGUUCUCGGAGAGGUUCAGAGUCUGAACAUGAAGCAUCCAGAAGAGUAAAAUCUGAACUUUUAGUCCAAAUGGAUGGCUUAAGUGAUACUAAUACAGAAGAAGAAUCAGGUGCCAGUCGUAUUGUAAUGGUAUUAGCAGCUACCAAUUUCCCUUGGGAUAUAGAUGAGGCACUCAGACGUAGGCUAGAGAAACGUAUAUAUAUACCACUACCUAACAGUGCUGGUCGAGAAGCACUUCUGAGAAUAAAUUUAAGGGAUGUUAAAGUCGAACCUGAUGUUAAUUUAAUGGAAAUAGCUUCUAAACUCAAAGGUUACUCAGGUGCUGAUAUUACUAAUGUUUGCAGAGAUGCAUCUAUGAUGUCUAUGCGACGUAAGAUUGCUGGAUUAAAACCUGAUCAAAUUCGGCAAUUAGCUAAAGAAGAAGUGGAUUUACCUGUAUCCUUCCAAGAUUUUAAUGAAGCAAUAGCAAAAUGUAAUAAAAGUGUUUCAUCGGAUGAUUUAACUAAAUAUGAGAAAUGGAUGAGUGAAUUUGGUUCUUCAUAACUGUUGCAACAUAUGAACUGUAAUAGAUUAGUUGGCAAUUCAUUUUUUUUUUCUUUUGUUAAUUGUAUAUGGAAUUAAAAGACAAUAGUAAAUUAUUUACAUUUAUUUUAAUUGUUAAUGGCUGUGCUAGCUUUUGAACUUUAUUAUGCUCACAACGAAACCAUACUUAAAAUAUUUAAAAGAAAA